UUUAUGGACUUAGGCUACUAGGGGACUCCCCUCCUGAACUUUAACUAGGGCCAAGCAUAGCAACAAAGAUUAGACUCUGAUCUGGUACAUGGUGUGAGAAAGCCAAGCUUCUGUUCGCGAUGGAAUCACAGUCAACAACUCAGCUAGAAUAUGAGAAGACCUUGAUGUACGGUCAGUACUCGCAGCUCCAGGAGUUUGCUAAGGACUAUGCAAGCAGAACCAAGAUACCCAAACCCCUCGGAAUAGAAGAAACAAGGCGUAGGAAAAGCAGGAAAUGGAGAGCAUGGAAGUACCUUGAGGCUAACAUCCUGCCCUACAUCAUUGAUUGGGUGUUCAUCUUUGUCCUGGGCAUACUCAUGGCUGGGCUCAGUUUUGGACUGGACUACAUUAUCUCCAAGAUCCUCACAGCUCAACAUAUCCUCAGCCUCCAGCUGGUGGAGUCUCCCUUCGUACAGUACUUGUUCUGGGUGUCCUUCUCUCUUGUCUUCAUCCUCUUCUCUGUCAGUGUGGUGCAAGCCAUCUCCACUCACGCCAUUGGUUCUGGUAUUCCUGAAAUGAAGACCAUCUUGCGAGGCAUUCGUAUCCCAGGAUACCUCAAUAUUAAAACUUUCAUCUCCAAAUCUAUUGGCCUGACUGCUGCUGUGGGAGCUGGUCUACCCAUUGGCAAAGAGGGUCCGUUUGUUCACCUUGCUUGCAUCAUUGCCAACCUCAUGAACAAAAUCAUCACUACCGUCAAUACUGUGUUCUCGAAUGAGGCCCAUAAUAACGAGCUGUUGGCAGCUGCAUGUGCUGUGGGUGUGUCCUGUAAUUUUGCAGCUCCAAUCGGUGGGGUACUGUUCAGUAUAGAGGUAACGUCGACCUACUUUGCCGUGAGGAACUACUGGAGAGGAUUCUUUGGGGCGGUGUGUGGUGCAUUCCUGUUCCGACUGGCGGGGGUGGUGUUUGGGGAUGAAGUCACCAUCACAGCACUCUUCAAGACCUCCUUCCAACCUGACUUCCCUUUUGACCUCCUCGAGCUUGUAUCAUUUGCCGGGAUAGGGAUUGUGUCCGGACUGAUUGGAGCUCUGUUUGUGUGGUACCAUCGUAACUAUGUGUUGCUGAGGAGAAAGUUGCGGAAGUACACCACCCUCCUAGACAAACAUGUGUUCAUUGCUCCUAUCAUUGUGACAUUCCUGUUUGCCUCUCUAACAUUCCGGCCUGGGCUGGGACAGUUCAUGGCGGGGGAGCUGACUCAGCAGGAGUCUAUCGGUCAGCUGUUCUCAAACAAGACCUGGAUCCUCCUCCCCUUCACUGAAGCUAACGAACUACCAUUGGACUCGGAGGAUUACCAGAUAGUGAAACAGUGGGGCUCUCCCAGCAUCUGGGUCUCUCUCUCACUGUUCAUUGUGUUCAGGCUGCUGUUCACAGCAUUUGCUGUUGCCCUCCCCAUUCCCAGUGGAGUCUUCUUCCCAGUGUUCAUUGUGGGUGCUGCACUGGGCCGAAUGUUUGGAGAGGCCAUGGCAUUGGGGUUUCCUGAUGGUAUUAACGGUAACCCUAUAUCCCCCGGGGGCUAUGCCGUAGUGGGAGCGGCCUCGCUGGCUGGCUCGGUAACACACACCAUCUCCACCUCCGUGAUAGUGUUUGAGCUGACGGGACAGAUCACUCACAUCCUGCCCGUCAUGAUAGCGGUACUGAUAGCCAACCUUGUGUCCGGGCUCCUCCAGCCAUCAGUGUAUGACAGCAUCAUCGUCCUUAAGGGACUCUCUUAUCUACCAGAUCUCAAGCCAAGUCGGUUCUACAAGCUGUGUGCUGCAGACAUCAUGAUGCCAGACAUUCGCUUCCUCUCCUAUCGCUCUACUUUCAGGGAGGUCAAGUUCCUCCUGCAGACCUCGCACGAUGCUUCGUACCCUCUCGUGGACGCACCAGAUUCUCGCAUUCUGAUUGGUUCGGUGUCUCGGCACACUCUGUGGCAGCGUCUGGAGGAGCACAUGGCCGGUGUCAAGAAGCACGCUCAAACAAUCAGAGACCAAGCACAGCUCAAGAGUGACACAGAAUCAGAGGAACAGAAACCUAAGAGGACCCUCACACCCACUAAACUGGGGGACAGCUUCUCCCGGAGAAUGUCCAGUGUGCCUCACUCUCUGGCAAAGCUGUUUGGUUCUCAGGAUGAGGUGGACACUCCGGAGAUAACUGUCCCACAAGAUGGGCCGUCGGAAGAGGCUCUUGAUGAACUUCGUGAGGAGCUGCUCUCCAAGGAGAUAGACGUCAACACGAUGAUGCUUGACCCCGCCCCCUUCCAACUGGUCGAGCGGACGUCCUUGUACAAAGUCCACAGUCUCUUCUCCAUCCUCGCACUCACACACGCCUACGUCACUAGCAUUGGUAGAUUAGUGGGCGUGGUCACCAUCACCGAUCUGACAAACGCUAUCCAAGGCAAGAAGAGAAAAGUACGACCUCCAGUGUUGAGACUGUUACCAACAGCUGCUGAAGACCAGGACACAGAAGUUCGUUACCACGUCAACGAUACUCAAGCAUAGCAUCAUAUUAACUAUAGCAGCUGUUUUUGUAACACUCGAUGUGUAUAAUCACCCGAGGACAUGUGUCUCAUAUAUCUUUUUGUGUGUUUUAUAAUUAAUGUUUGUUUUACAAAUUGAAUCUCUGUAACAAAAAUGAUCGUGUAUAAUUAUAACUGAUAAGAUUAUCGAUAAUAUUCAA